GGGAAUUGCAAAAUGGUGGCUGUGCAAUACGGAUGAUGUGAACGUGUACUCCACGGUGUUUUAAUUCAUAAUAAAAAAAUAGUGCUGCGUCGUGCAAGUUUAUGAUGGGUGACGCGAAAAUCCAACACGGCUCGGGCGAGAUGAAGGAUUGGCUUUUCAAAUGGACCAACUAUCUGAAAGGUUAUCAGCGCAGAUGGUUUGUCCUGUCAAAUGGCCUUCUGUCAUACUACAGGGCUGAACCGACAGGGGGGCCAAAGAUAUCUACGCGACGCAAGCGGAGGGCUGGCAGGGCCUCCGAAAAUCCAGCCGAGAUGUCUCACACAUGUCGAGGCACAAUAUCUUUACAUGGGGCCUUAAUUCACACGGUGGAUGCUUGCACGUUCGUCGUGAGCAAUGGUGCUACACAAACGUUUCAUAUAAAAGCAGCCACCGAAGUCCAACGACAGCAAUGGGUCACUGCUCUCGAAUUGGCAAAAGCAAAAGCCAUUCAAGCCAUGGAAUCAGUGAUUGUUUUAGAAGAAGAAGAGGAAGAAUAUCAGGGUACCGCGAAUCAGAAGGUGGAUCAAGUUUCCAGCCUGAAAGACUUGACUGAACGCUUGGAACAUUUACAAAAAUGUAAUGAAUUAUUGACGAAAAGAGGGACAGGCCUACAGAGGGCCAUAAGUGAUUUAGAGACACAGGAACCUAUUUCCCAUGAACUUUCGGCAAAAGUAAAAGCCCUAAGCGAACGUGCCACACUUUUUCGAGUUGCUGCUAGUGCUAUGAUCAGUGCAAGUGGUGAUUAUUUGCAACUGGCGCAACAGCAAGAACCCAAGUGGAAAAAGAUGCUUCAGCACGAACGAGAUCAAAAAGUCCGAAUAGAAAAAAUGGUGGAGCAAUUAGCUAGACAACAUUCUCACUUGGAGGAAGCGGCACAACACGCUCUACCGUCGGCCACUCCCACUGGACUCAGACCUUCCCAUACAUUGGUGAACACAUCGCCAUCGGAAGACGAAGAAGAUAACGCGGUGUUCUACGAUGCACAAGAAGCUGACACCUUUACAUUAACAAUUCCUGACACGACGCGAAAUUCAGUCUCGCGGGAGCGAGAUCGAGCCGAUUCUCAAGGAAGCGACGAUGGCUCUAGUUCAGAAGGUGAUCCAACGGCCGGUGCUGAUCCUUCAAGAACCGACUCCUUUCUCAUCGUGACCGACUCCUCCUCACUGCCAAAUUCACGUGUCCACAGCACAGAACUGGAUAAGACGGCCUGGCAGGCGAAUAAUGGAAAUAGCAGCACCGGGGUAACCACAAUGCCGAAAAGAAAACGUAGGACUAGGGUGCCAGAAAAACCAAAUUAUCCGCUUAAUUUAUGGAGUAUAAUGAAGAACUGCAUUGGGAAAGAAUUGUCCAAGAUACCAAUGCCAGUUAAUUUCUCGGAGCCUCUUAGUAUGCUCCAAAGAUUAACGGAAGACUACGAGUAUGCUGAUAUUCUCGAUAGGGCGGCAGAAUGUACAGAUAAUUAUGAACAAAUGGCGUAUAUUGCCGCUUUCACAGUCUCGAGUUACUCCACAACUGCAAACAGAACGGGUAAACCGUUUAACCCCUUGCUUGGAGAAACGUAUGAAUGUGAUCGAACCGACGAUCUGGGCUGGCGAUCGAUUUCUGAGCAAGUGUCUCAUCAUCCCCCAAUGGUGGCACAAUUUUGUGAAGGGCGUAAAUGGCGCUGUUGGCAAGAAUUCACCAUGGCUUCCAAAUUCCGCGGAAAGUACCUUCAGGUCAUACCUCUCGGGACGGCUCACCUGGAGUUCAGCAAUAAUCAGCAGCACUACACCUGGAGAAAAGUGACGACGACAGUGCACAAUAUUAUAGUAGGAAAAUUGUGGGUAGACCAAAGUGGAGAUAUGGAUAUCAUUAAUCACUCAGAUGGUAUCAAGUGCCAUCUGAAGUACACGCCCUAUUCAUACUUCUCAAGGGACAGCCAGCGAAAAGUUAAGGGAGUCGUCAUGAAUUCUAACACCAAAGAAGUGAAAUGGGUGGUCCAGGGUACCUGGGAUACCAAGAUAGAAAUAGCUCCGGUUAUUAGUACUUCAGGAACUCCCGACAAUCCCGUCUACAAAACUGGACCCUAUGUCCUAGCCUGGAAACGGCGCUUGCCUCCGCCUGACUGUGAGAAAUUUUAUUACUUCACCGAACUCGCUUGUCAGCUUAAUGAACCCGAGGAGGGUGUUGCUCCCACCGAUUCUCGUAUGAGACCAGAUCAGCGAUUAAUGGAGGAUGGUCUUUGGGACGAAGCGAACGCUGAAAAACUUCGACUUGAAGAAAAACAGCGGGCUGUUCGACGUGCGCGGGAAAAUGACGCUGAAAAAGCUGCCGAUCAAGGACUACCCUACGAGGCUUAUGAACCACUCUGGUUCAAGAAGCAGGAAGACCGCUUCACAGAUAGCCUCUGCCAUAUUUACAACGGGGAGUACUGGGACUGCAAAAACAAGCAAGACUGGUCGCGGUGUCCGAACAUAUUUUAAUUUUAAUCCACACUGCUUGUUCGAAUGAUGACGCGACUCAACGAAAAUACCUUUCGACUUCAGUACUCGUGACUACAGAUUCGUUUACAGGCUAGUUCUUCCAUUUUUUUUUUUUUCGAUAAAAAACUUGUAGUGUUUCCAAUCGGUUAGCAAAUUGAUUUGACAUCAAUUCCAAUAUGACGUCUUGUAAAUUUCUAGAGUUCCAAAGACAUAAGACUUUGAAAAUCGGAGAAUGUUUAUUGUCCAGAUUCGCUAAUCGCACAACUAUGGCAGUACUUGGACUACUGUAGUCGUACGAAAGAGGUAAAUCGUUUGCAUUUUUUGGGUUAUUUAUUUGCCUUGAAGAAAUUAUCGUACUACUUCCGUUCAAGUCGUUCCGAGAUGGAAUCUCAGCCUGUGCUUUGUGGAUCCGUCCUUGCAUGGGUCGGACUAAAAAGUUGUAAUUGUGUAAAAGCGAGAGGAAAGUUCUAGGCUUUCUGACUUGUAUAUAUAAUAUAUGGGCAAGAACACUCCAGUCUCGUCGUCUCGUCCAGGGCGCACGAGCUUCCAGUCUAAUAAUUUAGGGAAGACUCCGAGCUUUGUAUAAAAUACUGUGAACUUUUUCUCUCCACGAAAAAAAAAAAUAUAUAUAUAUAUAUAUAUACACACAUAUAUAUUAUACAGACUAGUACAUGAAUAUUAUUAUUGCAAAACGAAUCUUACUGUAUCGAUUAAAAAGGAGCAUGCGAUUUGUUUUGCUCAAGAAGAGCCUGCGUGAUGUGGUCUUUCAUCAAGAGACAGUUUCAAGUGUAUGCACAUAGUAGAUUUAAAUAAUUGAUGGGCGGAACAAUUAAUUUGCAUCGAAACUUUACAUUGAUUGUUAAGUAUCAGGCUGUACUAUAAUUUUAAUAGCUGAUAAUUAUCACAAAGAGGCAUCGCUGUACACUUAUAAAUACAGAGUAAUUAUACAAAUAAAUAAUUACACAAUUAUACAAAGGAAAUAAUUGUAACAUUAAGUAGCGAUGGAAAAUCAUUCAACGAGGACGUGAAAUUGAUAAAACGGAUAUAUUAUUUUGGUAAACAAAGUGUUUGAAUUAUUAUUAUUAUUAUUAUUAUUAUUAUUAUCAUUAUUAUUAUUAUAAAAAAUAUAUAUAUAUAUCAAGCUUGUACAUUAGCCGCUCGCUGAGAAUCAAUCUCUUUGCUACGAAGUCAGCAUCAUUUUUGUAGAAUAUAUUUAAAGCGUUAAAUGUUUAAGAGAUUCUUAGGUAGAGUAUUGUACUGGAAAAGGAAUGCACCGUUACUAGUUGAAAUUUAAUACAAUCAGGUAUAAGUGAUAGGUACUAAUAAAUCCGUUAUAUAACUUAACGCCAUUCGUUUUGUAUUAAGUAUAGCAACAAAAAUCGUUUUUGCAUUCAAUGUAAGUAUUGUAAUAUAUAUCCAUUGAUUUUUAAUUGUAUAAAAUAUCAGUCGUUUGCUAUUACAUUAUAAUAUAUAUCGCUUGAGAUGAACAGAAUCUUUUGAUUACAGUUUUUGGCGAAUCGAUUCACCUUUGUAUCAUUUAGCUUUUAUCAAAUAUUAAUAAGUAAAUAUUGACAUUCGUGAUUUUUUAUUGAAAUUUAAAUCGAGAAUUUGCCCGAAUUUAGUUGGUUCAAUUUUUAUAGGACAAUGUGUGGUCUUAUAUUAAAGAUAGUAAUAUUGAGGAAAGUGGGUGAUCGACUCGGCUGCAGUUUGGAUAUUUAUGAAAAGAGUAAUUCUAUCGAGAUUUGUAUUAGAAAAAUAUUAAAAAUAGCCAAAGAGAUUCUGUGGAAACGGAGCAUUUGAAGGAAUAAGGAUUUGUUACAGAGUGUAAAGUCGGAUGUAUUUAAAAAAUAAAGAUCAACGAUUUAUAAAAACUGAAAA